UGGAUAUAUGGAUCUAAACCCCCCUUGAAAGAUAUCAUUAAAAAUAUCUACUCUUUUAAUUAGCUUCAAGAGAAACAUUUCAUUUUUCCACAUCAUAUCAUAUAUAUAUAGUAAAACAAACACUAUGAAGAAAAAUAAUGUUCUUAUAUUGUUAUGUGUAUUUCUUUUUACGAUAUUAAGUCUUAACUCGAUAGUCGAAGCUAGGAUUCGACAUUAUCGAUGGGAGGUAAAGUACGAGUUUAAAUCGCCAGAUUGUUUCCGUAAACUCGUGAUCACUAUAAACGGAAGGAGCCCUGGGCCGAGCAUACUUGCACAACAAGGUGACACCAUCAUUGUUGACCUUAAAAACAGUUUGCUCACUGAAAAUGUUGCCAUUCAUUGGCAUGGUAUCAGACAGAUUGGAAGUCCAUGGGCUGAUGGAACUGAAGGCGUUACUCAAUGUCCUGUUCUACCCGGAGACACUUUUAGAUACAAGUUUGUUGUUGAUAGAGCAGGAACCUACUUGUACCAUGCGCAUUACGGGAUGCAACGAGAGGCGGGGUUAUACGGAUCUAUUCGUGUGGCAUUGCCGGACGGAGAAGCCGAACCGUUCUCGUAUGACUAUGACAGAAGUAUUAUUCUAAACGAUUGGUAUCACAAAAGCACAUACGAACAGGCUGCCGGCCUUUCUUCUAUUCCCUUUCAAUGGGUCGGUGAUCCUCAGUCAUUGUUGAUUCAAGGGAGAGGCAGAUUCAAUUGUAGUAGCCCAACGAUUGCCGCGAGUCAAUGUAACGCCACAAAUCCCGAAUGCUCGCCCUAUAUUUUCACUGUUGUUCCCGGAAAAACUUACCGCCUUAGGAUUGGAAGUUUAACUGCUUUGGCUGCUCUAAGUUUCGAAAUAGAGGGGCAUAAUAUGACAGUUGUUGAAACCGAUGGUCACUAUGUAGAACCAUUUGUCGUAAAUAAUCUUUAUAUAUACUCGGGUGAAACAUACUCGGUUUUAGUCACAGCAAACCAAGACCCGUCGCGAAAUUAUUGGGCUGUGUCAAAAAUGGUGAGCCGUAACAACACGACUCCAAAUGGUCUAGCCAUUUUCAACUAUUACCCGAACCAUCCCAGAAAAUCACCACCUACGGUUCCACCAAGUGGACCGUUCUGGAACGACGGUCAAGCCAGGGUUAACCAAAGUCUCGCGAUUAAGUCUCACCCUAACUAUAUACACCCUGUCCCAAAAACAUCUGAUAGAGUGAUUAUUCUUUUGAACACACAAAACCGGAUUAACGGAAGUGUCAAAUGGUCCGUAAAUAAUGUCUCAUUUACCCUGCCUCAUACCCCGUACCUCGUUUCACUUAAACAAGAUUUACUUCAUACAUUCGAUCAAACCCCUCCUCCAGAUGUCAUCAAUGGGUAUGAAAAAUACGACAUAAAUAUUGCCGCGCCAAACGUUAAUGCAACUUCUAGCAACGCUUUGUAUAGACUAAAGUUCAAUACGACAGUAGACAUUAUUCUUCAAAACGCGAACACAAUGAAUGUUAAUAAUAGUGAGACACACCCGUGGCAUCUACACGGGCAUGAUUUUUGGGUUCUUGGGUAUGGAAGCGGAAAAUUUAACGCUUCAAAGGAUCCCGAAAGUUAUAAUCUGGUCAACCCGAUUAUGAAGAACACAGUACCGGUUCAUCAAUACGGGUGGACUGCUUUGAGGUUUGUCGCGGAUAACCCGGGUGUUUGGGCUUUUCAUUGCCAUAUUGAGUCCCAUUUUUACAUGGGCAUGGGAACAGUAUUUGAAGAAGGGAUUGAGAAAGUGUCAACAUUGCCUUCUUCUAUCAUGGGUUGUGGUGAUACAAAAAGAUUUAUUAGGCCCUAAAAGUGUGUGGUUUUUUUGUUCUUAUUUUUUUAUAAAAAAGAUCUUCACACUUGAUUAAUUUGAAGGAUCAAUUUAAACAUUA